AUGAAGAAAUUUUGUUACAUCAAUAUUGAUAAAGUUUCGAUCAACUUUCAUCUCUCAGUGGAUGUUUGUCACAUUUCCAAGGGAGAAACGUCUGGCAUUGACAUUGAAGUGAAACAAUGGGAAGGUUUCGUGUUAGCGUAUUUAUUCAGUAUUUUAACAGUUUCUAUGGCCUUCCACAACAGAAACUUGAAAAAGCCUCAGUGUUCAAUUUCCGAAUAG